AUGGCGCACGUAGGCAUCUUCGUCGGCCGAAAAGUCAACUCGACCUCCUCCUCGAGCGUCCACAUAGACGGCGGAGCUACCACUUCCGCUGCCGGCUUCGGCUCAAACUGCGGCCUCCGCCUCAGGAAGCUGAUGAGGAAGCUCAGGAAGCAGAGCAAAAAACUGUGCGCGGCCACGAAACCCACCACCUUCCGCUUCCAUUAUGAUCCCUUGAGCUACUCCAGAAACUUCGAUGGCAGUGGGUUCGGGACGGAGAUCGACGAUGACUCCUUUGAGAGUUUUUACUACUCUUUCUCGUCGAGGUUCGUCGACUGUACAUCCUCCUGCAGGAUGCCUGGUUCUGAGCUUGUAAGCAGCAGCAACAAACUCGAGAUCUGA